AUGUCUUCCGCGUCCGACCCUGAGAAACAAGACGCAGCGCUGGCGGGUAUGCCUGGGUCGACAGAGAACGCUCAAACAGAUCAGGUCGCGCUGGGAAAAGAUGAUUUGGCCAUCAUUCCCAAAGGAGCACUUGAUCCUGUAUACGAGGCCAAGGCUCGAGUGCUGAACAGAGCGAUCCAGGACAUCGGCAUGGGUUGGUACCAAUGGCAACUUUUCGCCGUCGUUGGUUUUGGCUGGGCCAGUGACAACCUCUGGCCGAUUGUCACCUCGCUUAUCUUUACACCCAUCACCAAUGAGUUUGGCCCUCCGAAGCCGCCGCUUCUGUCCUUGGCUCAGAACAUUGGACUUUUGGCGGGAGCCGUCUUUUGGGGAUUUGGUUGUGAUGUCUUUGGAAGGAAAUGGGCCUUCAACCUCACACUGGGCCUAACAGCGAUUUGGGGGAUGGUGGCCGCCAGCGCUCCGAGCUUUGCGGCGAUCGGCACAUUUGCUGCUCUCUGGUCUUUCGGUGUAGGAGGAAACCUGCCGGUAGACUCGGCAAUCUUCCUCGAGUUUCUGCCUGCAUCGCACCAAUACCUUUUGACGAUACUCUCGAUCGACUGGGCUCUCGCCCAAGUGGUGGCUACUCUGGUUGCAUGGCCACUCCUCGGCAAUAUGACAUGCCAACAAGGCCAGACGUGCACCAGAGAAGCCAACAUGGGAUGGCGUUACUUUGUCAUAGCAAUGGGCGGCAUGACACUGGUCAUGUUUAUCGUCCGCUUCGCCUGCUUCACCAUACACGAGUCUCCAAAGUAUCUCAUGGGGAAGGGCCGCGACGAAGACGCCAUACGCAUUGUUCAAGAAGUCGCCCGGCGUAACGGCAAGACCACACGGCUCACCAUCCAAGACCUACGAGCUUGUGAGCCCGAGGGCUACGUCGCUCAAACCGGAGCCACGGCCGCCGUGAAACGCCACCUCCUGGAGAACAUUGACGGCAGCCACGUCAAGACGCUCUUCUCCUCGCGCCGCCUGGGAACCAGCACUGGCAUGAUCAUGGCCAUAUGGGCACUCAUCGGCCUCGCAUACCCACUCUAUAAUGCCUUUCUUCCUUUUAUACUUAGCCAGCGAGGCGCCGUCUACGGUGAUAGCAGCACCUUUAUCACAUAUCGCAACAGUCUCAUAAUAGCCGUCUUGGGAGUGCCCGGAGCUCUGCUGGGUGGCUUACUGAUUGAGACGCCGCGCGUCGGACGCAAGGGGACUCUGGCUGUCAGUACGGCGCUCACGGGUGUAUUCCUGUACGGCACGACGACGGCAGAUUCCAGCAACGGGCUGCUGGGCUGGAACUGUGGCUUCAACUUUGCCAGCAACGUCAUGUUUGCUGUCUUGUACGGCUACACCCCGGAGCUGUUCCCGACGCCUCAGAGAGGGACGGGCAACGCACUCGCCGCUACGUGUAAUCGGAUCUUUGGAAUAAUGGCGCCUGUCGUCGCCAUCUUUGCCAAUCUACAAACGGCAGCUCCCGUCUAUACCAGCGGGGCCCUCUUUAUAGGUGCGGGCUGCUUGGUAUUGUUACUUCCAUUUGAGUCGAGGGGGAAAGCCGCACUCUAA